AUGUCUCUUGUUCAGCACGUCUCUGCUCUUGAGGGCGUUGACUUCGAGCCCGAUCCCGUUGUCGACGAGGAAUUCGCCCCGAUCGCACGGAAGAUCAGCUAUGAUGUGUUGCAUCCGGCGUAUGCCGCCCCCGCCGUCGAGGAUGCUCCGCCUGCAACGCCUGCAUACAAGCAUUCGACUCUGAAACGAGGAGCGCAAGUGGCGUUCACAAUUUUCGCGUGCUGGGUCGCGUCCGGUAUUGUGUUCGGAUUCGCUGCACUCAAACCGGUGCUCGUAGAGGAGGGCGUGUACCAUGAGAAUUGCUCCAAAAGUGAACUUCGCGAAGGCAUCGAAUUGUGCACGCAGCAGGACCUCGCUCUGAAUUUUUUCUUCACCGUCGCGUCGAUCACAGCAAAUGUCUCCGCUCUCCCGGUGGGAACAAUCCUUGACCGGUAUGGGUCACGUCUCUGCGGUCUGAUCGGAUGUUUCCUUCUGGCCCUCGGAAGUGUGCUGAUGAUUUUAUCUUUUCAUCAACCUGGGUUUCAGGGAUUCAUUGCGGGCAACUUCUUCCUCGCGCUCGCGGGCACAUUUAUCUUUGUGCCAUCGUUCCAGAUCGCCAACGCGUUUCCCAGACAUGCGGGCACCAUCGUCGCCCUUGUGACUGGCGCUUUUGACGCGUCGGCUGCGGUGUUUCUCUUCUACCGAUACGCGUACGAGGGCUCCGGCAGAACUUUCACACCCGACAAGUUCUUCAUGGGAUACCUGGCCGUUCCUGUCAUCAUUCUUCUUGCAUUGGUGACAUUCAUGCCAAAGCGUGAUUACCAAACGCCUUCUCAACUCGAAAGCAAAAUGGAGCAAGCAGAAGAUGCUACCCGGGAUGUGCACUCGUCAGAUGAUGAAAUUGAGAAUGCUGGAGAGCUUAUUCGCGUCCGGAGCAAGCGUGCCGACCUACGAAAGCAGAAGAUUCAUCAGAUCAAUGAAGUUCUUGGUGGUGCCGAUGUCCGACAACAGCGGGCAGAGUGGGAGGAGGAUCGUCACCAGAAGAGUCAGGUCUGGGGUGUGUUGCAUGGUCUGCCAGCCCACAAGCAGAUGGCGACACCGUGGUUUAUCCUGAUCACUCUUUUGACUGUGCUGCAGAUGGUUCGUAUGAACUAUUUCAUCGCCACCAUUCGGUCGCAAUACGAGUACAUGCUCGGCUCUGAGGAACUUGCCGACAAGAUCAACGACUUUUUCGAUGUCGCCCUGCCGGUUGGCGGUGUUCUGUUUACUCCCUUCAUUGGAUUUCUCCUCGAUCGACUGAGCGUGCCGGCCAUGCUGGGUCUGAUUGUCGCUUUCACCACAAUCAUCGGCAUCCUCAACUCUAUUCCUGCACUGUGGGCAGGAUACAUGACAGUGAUUCUAUUUGUGCUGCUGCGACCGCUUUAUUAUUCCGCAAUGAGUGAUUAUGCCACCAAGGUUUUCGGCUUCGCUACAUUCGGUCGCGUUUACGGUUCCAUUAUCUGUUUAUCAGGGCUCGUAAACUUCUCUCAGUACGGAUUGGAUGCUCUUACCCACGGGCCAUUCCAUGAAAACCCAAUCCCUAUCAAUGCGGCUUUAGCAAUCGCGGGAUUUGUGGUUGGCCUCACCCUCGUGACCUUUGUGACCAUCGCGAGCAAAAACUACACCCCCUUCGAACACGAGAAUGAAAGAGAGCCUCUCAUUAGGGAGGAAGAUGAAAAUGACGAUGAGGCAUCAUUUGGGACUUUCAGGCGAUAG